CAUACUGGGUUUAUUCGAGGGAAUAUCGAGAAAACCUAACACCACCGUAAUGUCUUUUGGGAAAAAGUUUUUCUUGGAGUUGAUUUUGAAUGUAUAAGGUAAGUUUGAAGCGUUAAAAGGAGAAUUUAGCCUACCUAAAUGAAGGAGAUAAACCCCAAUGAUCUUUCUCACUUUGCGCGUAAAAGCGCACCGGAUGAGGAACGCGUGCCAAAACUUAUCGAAAAAGUCACUGUCACAAUCGCAGACAUGUGAGACUUCAUCAACACGCGUGAAUAUGGAUAAGCCGUGCUAAGUGUACACUGAUGCCAGAGAGCCGGGUGCAGGAUGAAGGUGUGUAAUCGUGGAGUGCAGAUGCUCCUCACCACGGCGGGGGCUUUCGCGGCCUUCAGCUUGAUGACCAUCGCGGUGGGCACCGACUACUGGCUGUACUCGCGUGGAGUCUGCAGGACCAAAAGCGUCAAUGACAAUGACACCAACCGAAAGAACGAAGAGGUACUUACGCACUCGGGACUCUGGAGACAGUGUUGCAUGGAAGGCAUAUUUAAAGGGGUUUGUAAAAACAUUGAUCAUUUUCCAGAGGAUGCAGAUUAUGAACAAGACGCUGCAGAAUAUCUACUGCGUGCUGUGCGCGCCUCGAGUCUUUUCCCUAUACUGAGUGUGGGACUGCUGUUCAUUGGUGGAGUGUGUGUUGCUGCCAGUGAGUUCUACAAGAGCCGACACAAUGUCAUCCUGAGCGCAGGCAUCUUUUUUGUCUCAGCUGGCCUUAGCAACAUUAUUGGCAUUAUCGUGUACAUCUCAUCCAACGCUGGCGACCCUAACCAGAGCGAGUCGAAGCGCAGUCACUGGUACGGCUGGAGCUUCUACUGCGGCGCUCUUUCCUUCAUCAUAGCGGAGAUUGUUGGGGUCCUGGCCGUGCACCUGUUCAUCGAUACGCACCGUGCGCUGAGAUUGCGUUCGCAUCGCACACUCCAAACCAGCACGCAUCCCCUACAGCAUCGGCGCUCGAGCAGCUACCGUUCCCGCUACCGCUGGAGGCAGAGUCAAAACCGCUCCUCAGACUCCCGAUCGCGCGAACCCUCUCCGGCACCGGCGGCCGGUCCCGGGAACGACCUCGGGCUUUACGCGCUGGGACGCGGACUUCCACCAACAGCUGCUCACGCGCUCGCGCACAACACACUCAGCGCCGGGCGUGGUUUUGCACAUUUUCAUAACUCUGUCAUCGCUAAAAACAACUUUGCAAAUCCUUAUGUGUUCACCAUGCAGAACUCGUUGAAAUCAGAAAGAGGGCUUUCGCACAUACAGAACUCGUUGAGUACCGAGAAUGGCUUUGCGUUUGCAAAUGCACAUGGCCAACAUUCUGUCAAACCUGAAAAUGGAGUCGUGCUGUCGCAGAACUAUAAACUAAACUCAGUUAAUCCCAGUAAAAGCCCAGUGCAUGCACAAAAUUCUGGGAAUGACAAUUCACCAGUGCAAAAUGCUGUAAAAGAGCCUUCAUAUAUGUCUCAUAGUAGCACUGCGUCAAGAAGAACAACUCCUGUGUAAAAAAAAGAAAAAGAAGAAGAAAAAGGACAUAUGCUGCUAUAUUAUGCUAUAUGAAGUUCAUGAAUAUUAGCUAAUUCCUUCACUGAAUAUGUGCAUAUUAUUUGCUUUUAGCUUCAUGUACUAAAUGAAGUGGAUUGACUCUGGAAAAAAAAACAAAUACUAAUGGUGCUGUUUAUUAUGUCCUCUGCUGCCUUGUCCUUGGAACUUUUCCGGAUGCAAUACUCUCAAUGGCCACAUGAGCAGCAAAGGGCAACUGUUAUGUCAAAACACACUGGACCUUUUUCACUGAUGACGUUUUUGACCACGUAAAUGUAGAAAAGCAUUUUAUAUUUUCAUUUUAAAAAUUUCAUGUACAUAGAAAUUUGCCCAAGUAUGGUGACUUAUGAGAACCCCGGAAAUUUGAAAAGGGUCCACUGGCUCAUUCAUCAUUUCUAGAUCCAUAUUAUGACUGAUAAAAUCAAUCCACUCUACUUCUCCACUAGAUCUUCUCUGAUAAUAUAAUACAUUAUUCUCAUUCCAGUGGUCCAGUGAUCAGCAAAAAAAGCUUCAAAAAAGUGUUAAAACGUUGUUUAGAGCAUUCGGUUUUUAGUGUAGAUUUGAUGUAACCUAUUCCAUUGGAAAAGUUAAUAUACAGUUUUUAUACAAAUUAACAGACAAUACAACUGAUAGGACAGAUGGCCUGGAGCAACGGGGUUAAGUGGAUUGAUUUUACACUCAAUGAGGACAGAAAAGGAUGGUGGCAUUAGUGUCAGGGUCAUGCAUGACUAUGACUGAACCUUGAACUUUACAUUUGCAUGUUAGCCAAUCAGAAAACGCUGUCUUGCUACCUCAAUUAUUUGGCGUGUUCAAGUUUGCUUACACCAGGUUUGUUGUCACAUCUUUGGAAAGUAGAGCAGGAAAAUAUGAAAAACGAAGUACAGCAUUUUCUAUUAAUUUCUCAUUUCUUAUUAUUAAUAUUAAAACAGUUGUGCUGCUUAAUAUUUUAGUGAAAACUGUGAUACAUUUUUUUCCGGAUUCUUUGUUGACUAAAGUUUAAAAGAACAACAUUUAUUUGACUUUGAAAUCUUUAAUAACAUUAUAAAAGUCUUUACUGUUACUUUUAAUCAAUUUAAUGUGUCAUUGCUGAAUAAAAGUAU